AUGUUGCAUUACUGUGAGCCACUCAUUACAGCCACAGAGGUGACCCUCAAACCACUUGAGAAGGCACACAACCAAGGAUUGAGACUAAUUACAGGUGGGAUAAAAUCAACACCCAUUGAUGCAAUUCUCCUGGUUACAGGGAGCACCGCAGUAUGUUCCCUUAUCAAAGAAAAGGCCUUGAUCCUGUAUGAGAAGCUACUGCGCAUUCCCAUGGAUAAAUUCUUCGGCACUUAUGAGAAUAGACCAAUCCAUCUGAAAACACAAUCUGGUCUAUUUCAGAAGGCCAUAGAACUGAAGAAAGAAUUACAAAUCGAUGACAAACCAAAAGGUCUCCCUCUACCCAUGAACCCAUUAGCAGACACUGAUGUAGUGUGUUGCACCCAACUGCUUGACUACUUCAGGAAAGCAAACACCCCUCCAGAGCGAAUGCGCUCACUGGCCCUUGAGACAAUCAAUGUCAACUAUCCUACAGAUCAAUGA